AUGGCUAUCCUUCGUGUUCUCAACGACAUCUUUAAAAGAUUUUGCACGCUCCUUUUAUCUGUAAUCACUCUUUUCAAGCACAUCCAAUUCUCUAAACCUCGCCGUUCAAGGGCUCUUACAGCUGCCGAUGCCGUGAUACCCUUUGAUUGUCCUCUUCCCGCUGUUGAUCUUGAACGGGGCGAGAUAUCUCCAGUACCAAAGGCCGAGUUCAGCAUCUACAGUACACGAUCAGGAGAGCAAGAGCGUGUGAUAUUUUGGGCUCCCCUACCAGAAUCAGACGGCCAUCUCUCUUCGGUAAUUCUAGAACCUUCAAAUUGCUCAACACCGAAGUUUCCGUUUGGGCGAGCCUCAUAUAGCAUACACACGCAAAGUCGAGACAGCCAUGCUUCCAGCACGAGUACUCAAACUAUGCCGAGUUUCUCUUCAAGGUUAGGACUUAUGGACUCCUCUAGAGCUAUGCCAGUUGCUCUUAGCGAAGAUCAUCUAGGAAAAAUAGCUUGGAAGGCCCCUCAAUUUCCUAUUCCUGUACAAACCACAUAUCGAGACACUCUAGCUUCCAAUUCUGCGGCCUUCUACCAUGGCCAGGCGCCAAGAGCGUUUUUCGAGUCCUCCUCCAACAAUUCUCUUUCUUCAAAGUUAAGCAGUAGGAAACGAGUUCGGGACUAUAGCCAUCGUGGGACAACUCCAACCUUCCCAAGAACGACUUGUCGCUCCCUUUCAAUACGCUCUUCAAUUUCUGCCUAUUCAAACCUCACUGACAGUUCGCACUCCUUCGCAUCCAAUUCAUCAGCAUCUCCAUCGGUUUAUGCCGCGUCUUUUCCGCGUCCUCCCAACUUCAUUACUCCAACCAUCCGCUCACCGCACAGACAUGUCGUCAUGAACCCCGGUCGUAAUGGAACAAUUACACCUCCUUCAAGACUUGCUCAUGUGGCAACGCACAGGAAGCGGAGCCCUAUCGUGUGGUACAAGGAUCUUUCUAUUCUGCUCACCGACUCGGCGUCCACGUUACAUUCUGGUUCGCCUGGUGGUCCUAAGGCUCUACCUGCUUGGCUUUGCGUCGGAACGGGUUCUCAGUUCUCUUCUCAUAUCGGACAUUUCCGCUAUCCUUAUCAGCAACAAUCGAGACCGCCUAGUUCCCUGACUUCAAUGAAGAAGGCAAUGCUAAGAUUAAACUAUCACUUCCCUCCAUCGCCAAGCCCUGGGUCGCCACAGUCUGGGACCUUUGCAGGUGCGCACGAUGCCAAGACUGGUGUCGUUAUGAGUGAUAUUGAUCUCGACGUUGUUUCGGUUGUAAGGAGUGUUAUGCAAGAAACCCGUGAGGAUGAAGAACUGGAUCUGGCUCGAUCACUGGCAUCGGGAGAAACCACUAAUUCGCUCAAGGUGAUGGCAGUUCUUGAUGAGGUCGAAGACGUCGAUUCCGCUUCUACUCAGUCAUUCCAAAGGGCUCGUAAAGUUAUGCCAUCCUUUACAGACACCUCUUGCUAUUCGAUAGACUCCCCACGCUCAAGGUCAAAUUCAAAAACUCCCUCUGGGCCCCAUUCCUCUGAGCCGUACGUAAGCACGGCGGCAGACUCAUUCGAUGACACGUUCAGGCCUGAUACUCCUCCGAGUGUCAUGUCUUGCUCGAGCACUGCAUAUCUCCCAUAUUUGUUGUCCGACCUUUCGACUAUAUCUGGAAAGGUUUCCGACGGGAAUUUCGGGUCAUUAGUGUCCCUGUCGCCUGCCAGCUCUCGGUCAGCUCCCACUCGAUGGGGUCGAUUCUCUUACCCUUCAACGUCCCACGCAAAACGCAAUACCAUCGGUGAUGUUCGGAUGUCGGGUGUUGUCUCGUGGUCUGAUUUAGUGACGUUUUCGAGCCAUACGACACGCGAAGGCAGUUUCAAUGUGGGGGCGGGUGAACGUGAUUGCGAGGUGGCGGGCGGCAGCGAAGCGGAUGAUCAGGCACUCGGGAAGGAGGUAGGUAAUAUCGAGAAAGAAAAAAGACCCUUCGUUCGGGGACAUGUACGGGCUGCCAUGCGGAUAGAGAAAAGUUUCAAAGCGUUGGACAGGGACAUACAUUGGAGUGAUGUUGUCAAUUUGGAUAGGCUUUGA